GAUUGUUCCAGCCCCAGUCCCGACGGUCCGGUUUUCUAACCCGCCAACCAUGCAUCCAAUUGCCUCCAAAAACGUCGCCGUCAUCGGGGCCGGCGCUGCUGGGCUCAUAGCUGCACAUGAGCUCCGACAGGAGGGUCACAAAGUGGUGGUUUUUGAGAGAGAAAACCAAGUGGGAGGCACAUGGGUCUAUAAUCCAGCGACAGAAUCCGACCCUCUCGGAGUUGACCCGACCAGAAACGUGAUCCACUCGAGCCUCUACGCUUCUCUCCGGACCAACUUGCCUAGAGAAGUAAUGGGCUUUCGGUCAUACCCGUUUUUGUACAAAAAGGGAAGUCACCGGGACCCGAGAAGGUUCCCGGGGCAUGGAGAGGUAUUGGAGUAUUUGAAGGACUUUGCAGUUGAUUUUAAAUUGUGUGGGUUGGUGAGGUUCGGAAUUGAGGUAUGGCAUGUCGGAUUGAUGGAAAAUGGUAAAUGGAAAGUGACGUCAAGAAAAUGGGAGGGAAAUGCAUAUAAUGAUAGGAAUCAAGAAAAGUUGGAUGAGGUUUAUGAUGCUGUAGUAGUUUGUAAUGGGCAUUAUACAGAACCCCGACCUGCAGAAAUCCCAGGGGUUGAAGGAUGGCCAGGGAAGCAAAUCCAUAGCCACAACUAUCGUGAUCCUGAACCUUUCAGAGAUCAAGUGGUGGUGUUGAUAGGGAGUGCAGCUAGUUCUGAUGAUAUCUCCAGAGAGAUUGCUAAAGUUUCUAAAGAGGUUCAUAUAGCAUCGAGAUCAGUCCAAAAUGGCAUCAUGGGAAAGUUGGCUGGCUAUGAUAAUAUAUACCAUCAUUCUAUGAUAGAAAGCACACACGGAGAUGGUUCAGUUGCUUUCCAAGAGGGUAGUGUAGUCUAUGCUGAUAUCAUCCUGCACUGCACCGGGUACAAAUAUCACUUUCCGUUCCUUGAAACUAAUGGCAUUGUAACUGUGGAUGACAACCGUGUGGGGCCACUUUACAAGCAUAUUUUUCCUCCAGCUUUAGCACCAUGGCUUUCAUUCGUUGGGUUGCCGUGGAAGAGCAAGUGGAUAGCUGGUACUCUGUCUGGUCGGCUUUCACUUCCUUCUCCCAAGGAGAUGAUGGCUGAUAUUCAAGCUUUCUACUCAUCAAUGGAAGCAUCUGACACUCCAAAGCGGUAUACUCAUAACAUGGCUGGUUAUCAGUUCGAAUAUGACGAUUGGUUGGCUGCUCAGUGUCGUGGUCUGCCGACUGAAGAAUGGAGAAAGCAGAUGUAUGUUGAAACUUCCAUGAGAAAGAGGUCUCAGCCUGAGACAUACAGAGACCAGUGGGAAGAUGAACACUUGGUCAGACAGGCGCAAGCUGAUUUUUCACAGUACUUUUAAAAAAUUCCUAGUAGCUAGAUAUCAAAAUCACCCUUCUAAUUGGUUGAUUUGUCCAUGGGGUUUGUUUAUUGUUUAAUCCUUGAUUUUCUCAAAAUCAUAUAGACUGGUGAAUAGUGGCACCGCAGUGUCACGAGUCUGUAAUUCUCAUGAACGUAACACUUGCAACCCAAUAAGUUGAAUAAGAGGACUCGAUGUUACAUUUUUUGUCCAGCUAA